UUCUGCCAACCUCGAAGCUGGAACUUCGGUGGCCCCAUUCGAACAGGCUGAUAUCCUUUUCCCGGCGAAGGAGAGAAAAGAAGGAAAAGGAAAUAGAAAAGAAAAAGGGUGUUCUUCCAGAGCCGAGCUCUCAGGAUUUGCAGAACUCACAAGGCCCCCUGAACUUGCAGGACUUGCAGAACCUGCAGAACCUACAGAAGUUGCAGACUUUGCAGACCUUGCAGACCUUGCAGGAGUUGCAGGAUAUACAGAAGCUGCAGGAUUUACAUUUGCAGAACUUGCAGAACUCGUAUAAAGAAACGACUCUUUCGUUCAUAUCACAGAAGACUGUGGGCUACGCUACCGUCUUGAGUGACAUGAUGGGCACUUCGACAACCACGCCGUCUCCCAGCCCGGCACCUGCGAUGAAACCUUCGCCUGCCGCGUCGGCCGCUGGGACAAAGCGAAAGCGAAACACUCCCGGAAAAUACUAUGCAGUGAAAAAAGGCUAUCAACCGGGAGUAUAUUUUGAAUGGAAUGAUUGCUUGACACAAGUGACGGGGUACAAAGGCGCAGUCUUUCAGGCAUUCUCGACAAUCGAAGAGGCAAGCUCCUUCCUGAGAGGCACAAAAGCGCCGCUUGGCGUUGCUACACGCUCGGACUCGGUACAUACCAGAUUUUACGGGAUUCAGCGCGGGCGUCUGCCAGGUGUCUACACCGACUGGGCUCAGGCACAGGAGCAAAUUCGAGGCUUUCAACGACCAAGCUAUAGGAAGUUUUCGACGCGCACGGAGGCAGAAGAAUUCGUGAAGAUGGGUCAGCAGUCUGGCGCGUCAUUCGCAUCCGACAGCACCAAGACACAGAAGCUUUCUGGAGCCCCUGGGAUGAUGGACGAAAUACCAAAGGACGAACAUGGCGUUCCGUACGAGGCGGCCGAUGGUCCGUUGGGCUUGGACGCCGAGGAUGGAUUCGAUCCCAAUGUGCUUCUGGAUCCGAAAACAGGCAAAGCGGUAUACAGGCUUCCGGAACAGAAGACUGUCACAAAAGUACAGGCAAAGGGACCACCGGGGAUGCUCCGGAUUUACACUGAUGGCAGUUCGCUAGCAAAUGGUCGAGCGGUUGCAUCUGCAGGCGUGGGAGUCUAUUUUGGACCCGGGGACAGCAGAAAUGUCUCAGAGCCUUUGAAGGGUAACCGACAAACCAACCAACGCGCUGAACUGACAGCGAUCCUCCGGACAGCCAGUAUUCAAUCAAAUGCGUAACUGAGUGGUUCCAGAGUUGGCGGCGGAAUAACUGGAUGACGUCGAGCAACAAACCAGUUGAGAACAAGGACCUCGUUGAAUCGAUUCUGGACAAAAUCGAGGAGCGGGAUAAGCUCAGAGUCAAGACAUUCUUCGAGUGGCUAAAAGGACACAACAAUGAUCCAGGGAAUGAAGCUGCUGAUCGUCUUGCUGUCAAUGGAGCUCAG